ACAGAGAGAGAGAGCGACAGAGAGAGCGACAGAGAGAGCGACAGAGAGAGAGCGGUCUCCCAGGGAGAAAAAACAACAACAAGCUGCGGCGUUUCAGGUUGUCUCUUUUUUUUAUACACCGUUUUUGAUGUCACCAGCAUCACACCGGAGGAUUAAAAUAAAGCGUCAAGCUUGGAGGAAGGAAGAUGCCUCCUGGAAUGUGCCUUCGCCAUCAACGCGCUAAACCGGGCCAUCCGAAACAAUGCCGAAUAACAAAGUCAUCUCGAUCAGGCUCAGCACCGGCUGGCUGGCCGUGGUCUCGCUGCUCGGCCUAGUCAGCGUGUUCUUUUUCUGCGAGUACCUCAUCUACUACCCUGUGAUCCUGCGCUGCGCCUGGCCAAAGCUCAGCGCUGUGCGCGGGGGAGAGGUGGCCGACGGCCGGUCCACCGGCUCCACGCUCCGCGCAAUGGUGCUGUCUGAUACCCAUCUGCUGGGAGCCGUGGGGGGACACUGGUUCGACAAACUGAGGAGGGAAUGGCAGAUGGAGAGGGGUUUCCAGACCGCCCUGUGGCUCCUGCGACCCGAAAUCGUUUUUAUUCUGGGGGAUAUAUUCGACGAGGGCAAGUGGAGCACCCCCACGAAUUGGGAAGAUGACGUGCGCCGUUUUCACCGAAUGUUCCGGCAUUCCACUGACACAGAACUGGUUGUACUGGUUGGUAACCACGACAUCGGCUUCCAUUACGAAAUGGACUGGUCCAAGCUCCAGCGCUUUGAGAAGGUGUUCAACUCCACCUCCACCAGGAUCCUCACCAAAAAGGGCAUCAACUUCCUGCUGGUGAACAGCGUGGCCCUGCACGGCGACGGAUGUCCAAUCUGCCAGUCCGUGGAGAAGGAGCUGGUCAAACUGUCCCGGGAUCUCAGCUGUUCCCUCCAGAAUUCACCGCCUAGCAGUAGCAUUGGAUUAGACAGCGCUGUGGAGGGCUGUGAAGGCGCAGAGAGCCUCCCUCCCACCCCACCAAUCAUGCUGCAGCACUAUCCUCUGUACAGGGUAAGCGACGCCAGCUGCACUGGGGAAGACGCCGCACCGCCUGAAGAGCGCCAUCUGCUGUUCAGAGAAAAAUAUGACGUGUUGUCCAAAGAGGCCUCACAGAAGCUGCUGCAGUGGUUUAAGCCCCGCCUCAUUCUCAGUGGCCACACCCACAGCGGAUGCGAGGUUCUCCAUGACAACAGUUACCCAGAAAUCAGCGUGCCCUCCUUCAACUGGAGGAACCGAAACAACCCCAGCUUCAUCUUGGCGACACUCUCGGAGGGAAGCCACAGUCUGUCCAAGUGCUUCCUCCCAGAGGAGAGCACGGUCAUCGCUGUGUACUCCUCCGCCGGUGCCCUGCUGCUGUUGGCCGUCAUGGCCCACUGCCUGUGCUUCAAGUCAGUCGGCCCCCUGCUGCCCUGUCUGAGCCUCUGCGCCCUCAUAGGAAAGCACAAGUAUCUGUGAACCGUAUGGAAAGACGAAAGAACGGUACAAAUCAGGGUGGUUUUUUGUAGCAAUCGUACAAUAUGUAUUUUAGUUUAUCCACAUUUUUAUUCUUUUGUAUAAAUAUUUGAACCGAUGUCGAAAAUUCUAAUGAUUCCUUCUGGGAAACGGGGGCCAAAUGAACGUUUAUACUACCUAAGAUUGUAAAAUUGUUGUGAGCCACGUUAAAGAGAUAUAAUAAAUGGAAUAUAUUUUAAUUAUGGAAUACUUAUGAGCACAAGAGACAAUGUAUUGUUGCUGAUUGGGGCAGCCAAACGCAGAGCCAAAUGUCUUGAGCGCGCCAUUCGGCCGCUGGGCAGUUUAUGUAGCGUUUGUUUAUUCGGGUUAUUCGCAGGGAGGUGUGCUAAAAUUUGUGUUGUUGUACCGUCUUCGCCUCAUGGUGUUGUCCUGUAGGGAAAGUGGAUGAUGUACCAUUGACAUGAACCAGGAAGCAUUUGUAAGAUAGAUAUUUUAAGUACGACUCGUCCCUGGUCUGACAAAAUAAAUUGUUGAUGAAUAAGUAAAGAACUUUACUACGAUUUUGUGAUCAAUUUGAGUGAAAUAAGGGGAAACUGAAUAUUGGAUUUACUUUGACCUUCUGAUUUAUAUAUGUAUAUUUUAAAACAUAUUUAUUGCCGACUUUUUGUGUCAAAUGUUUGUGAGGGUUUUGGCAAAUUGUUACAAGUUUGUAAUGAAAUGUCCAUAUUAAAGUGGAACAUGUCAUCUUAAA